AUAUUAGGCAAUGUCUGAUCAUUUUCUGGGAAUUAAAUAGAGCUCUCACAAAAUAUACAAAUGAUGUUUAGAAAAGGCUCUGAAUCUGAAGCAGCUCUGGUUGUUCACAACUACGUUCCUUUAGUUUUGUUUAUAUUUGUUGAUAUAGUGUGCAGUGAGUUUGCCAUGACAAUAACCCAGGUUUAACCACGGACGUUUAUAAAAAAAUCUAGACUCGCAAUGCCCUUAAUCAGCAUAUAGAGAUCAUUGAAUCCACUAGCGGCUAUUUUACCGAGCCGAAUACAAAGGUUGCCCGGCAAUGCCCGCCUUUGUUCUCCCUGGCGUCAAUAGAAGCUAGCCAACCCACGCUUCUGUUUCAUACAAAGGUGUUGCAAGUCCAGGUUUUUUAUAUACAUGUGCAUCCGUGGGUUUAAGACUCACUGACAUCUGUUAUCACAUUUUGAUGAAAGUGUGACCGGGUUGAUCCCAUACCAGUAACAUUGUUGAUCACUCAUGGCAAUGAGUUUACCUUGGAUGGUGCAGUACCAGCAUGGGCAAUAUGUUCAACCUCUGACCAGACAUGACCAGCAUGGAUGGCUGAACAUGGCUAAUCAUGUUUGACCUCCACGACUUGUGGUUGACAUCAUGCAGUGGCAUGACAUCCUUAAUUCAUUAUUUUGACAUCUCACAAAAGUGGCCCAGACUACCGGUAGCAUUCAGCGGGGAUGUCAAGUUUUUUGAUGACCAGUGAGUAUCUUUUCAAUGAGAAAAUGGCAGAAAAGCAACCUUUACUCCGAGAUUUCCACAGCUACCCACCCACCACUAGACCCCAAGGUAGACAGCUUGGCCGUGUUCCCGCUGAAGCAGAGAAUACUUCAGCUGAGGUUGUGUUCCAAGGGACACCUAAUGCUAACUUCACAGUGUCAACAGAAUCAAGGCUGGCAACUGAGCAUGCCACAACGGAUUUGCAGACGUUUAUGCACAUACUGAAAGGGAAUAUAGGAACAGGUCUUUUGGGACUACCAUUUGCAGUGAAGAAUGCAGGAAUUGUGGUUGGCCCGCUCGGCCUUGCAUUGAUGGGGGUUGUUGCCCUAACCUGCAUGCACAUCAUGGUGGUUGUAUGUCAUGAUCUAUGUGAACGAACUGCCAGUGUCACACUUGAUUAUGGUGAGGUUGCAGAACAGUCACUAAAACAUGGGCCAAUUGGCUGGUUACGACAAAAAUGCUCCAUUGGUCGUUAUGUAGUAAAUGGAUUCCUCAUCUUCACUCAGCUAGGAUUUUGCUGUGUGUAUUUCCUCUUCAUGGGUGACAACAUCAGACAGAUCUAUUGCCACUAUUAUGAUACUGGUGUGCCAUCUCUACAGCUCUUCAUCCUGAUGUUAUUUCCUAUGGUUCUUGUUUACUGCUACAUCAGGAAUCUGGAUGACUUAGCUCCAUUUUCUGCUCUUGCAAACAUCUUGACCAUUGUAUCAAUACUCAUCAUCUAUGAAUAUCUGGUGUCGCACGUUGGAGAAUUCAGUGACCCUAAGGAAUUACCUCUCGCUGGUAAUCUGAAUGAAUUCUUCAUUUUCUUUGGCACUGCCAUCUACUCCUAUGAGGGUAUUGGAGUGGUUUUACCAUUGGAGAACAAAAUGAAGAACCCUCAGAAUUUCAACCGAGUCAUGCUGAGUGGAAUGUUCAUCGUUGUCUUUCUCUACGUCUCAAUGGGUGUGCUAGGAUAUUUGUGCUUUGGAGGUACAACAGCUGACACUAUAACCUUGAAUCUACCGUACAGUGGUUUGUACCUUGCAGUACGAGUCAUGCUUGUAGGUGCUAUCUUUGUGACCUAUGGUGUUCAGUUCUAUGUGCCUGUUAUCAUAUUGUGGCCAUUCUUCAUGGAGAGAAUGCGGGAACGGUAUCACUUCAUUGGUGAAAUGUUCUUCAGAACUCUACUUGUUGUUCUUACAAUGGUUCUGGCCAUGGUUGUACCUCAUCUAGCUCUCUUCAUUGCCUUUGUUGGUGCCUUCAGUUCUACUGCUCUUGCCAUCAUCUUUCCACCUGUUCUUCAGGAGUUUACUUUCUACGAUUAUGGCUAUGACAACCCCCGUAAGGUAUUUCGGCUUUUCCGGAAUAUCUUAAUCAUUAUUUUGGGCAUUGUAGGCUUUGGAUUUGGUACAUACGUGGCACUAAAAGAAAUUAUUAACAGCUUAGAGAAACCCAACCCUGAUAUUUGUCAGAAUCUCUAACUGUAUGUAGAUUAAAAUUGUGCUUCACAUUUGCUAGUUUCAGCUAUUAGAAAUUGUCUCAAUUUUAUUGCCUUUCUUUUGUAUUAUGGUGUUAACAGUAAAGCAUUUGUUUGUUAACAGGAGGUAAUGCAAAUCCAGUCCUUAUGAUUCAAACUUAAAAGCCAGGGCAAGUGAGAAUCCAAACUUGGAUUUUUAAAUUGAUUUUAUACAAAAUAUGAAGCAUCACUUUGCUAAAAAUAUAUUUUGAGGUAUUGAGUGUCGUGAGUUUGGGCAUGCUAUUUCAUGUAUUUGCAUUUGUGGAGAAGCUGGCAAUUGUGCAAUUAAUCUGUUGUAACACUCACUUCAGAUCAGACUGAAGGACCAUGACCUGUAACUAUUACAGUUGCUUUUAAGUCCUCCACAAUCCGACACUCUGUUCAGCGUGAUUCUAAUGAUUUUUGUUGGUUUACGCCAAAGUUUAAUAUUUGGAGAUCUGAGGAACUUUGAAAUAAUUUUUUUACAUGCUUGUAAAAUCACAUAGCUUUUUAAAAUCUAGAAUGGAAGAGGGAGAAAUCCCUUUUUUAGAUUUUGAAAAUGCAUCAUUUUGGAAAGUGUUUUAUUACAUUUUCCAUUUGUAUUGAAAUGGAAAGGUGAAUCCUAUGAGGAUGAUUCAGAAUUUCCAUUUGAAUCUAUUGGUGAUGUAUAAAUAGGCAUGUAUUUAUGGAGGUCACUUUUGUAAAAUGUAAAUAUUAGAUCUUGUCAGCGGUGUAGAAUAGAGGAAUAUUAACCCUCGAGUUAAAGUUUUCAAAUGUGCCAAUUUGAAUGUUUUGCAGCACUAAUCAUAAAUGAGAAAAAAAAGUUUUGGCAACUGUCAAAUGCACAGUGCAUGUGCCUAACCCUAGGUCACCAGUUUAGGCUUCAUUUGUGUUUGAACAGUAACUCUCCUGCUGGCCUUGCCCACCAUUUGUUUUUCACAAGGGUGCACUUGUGUUUGUGACCCAUAGGGUCAGCAAUUUUAAGGUUAAGCAAAAGGGUGCUGAAUGGAAUGACUGCUUGAAGUAUCAAAUUUAGCAGCAAAAUAGCAAAACCUAGUUGCUUGAAAAAAUCCUAAAUAAAUAAGUCUGGCUGUUUUUUUUAUAUUUGAUAAUUUUUUGUUGGAGCCCAAAAUGUGUUAUCAGAGAAUCUUCUCAGAAAAUAUCUGACAGUAAAAUGUCAUUAAGGAAAGAUUUGAUAACACUGAUCUAGAUUGCUCAGUCAUGAGGCUUGGGUGUACAGAUCAGUUUAGAAGGUUUAAGAAAAAGGGAUGUUGAAAAACUCGUGAAGAAUACCCAAGUUACAUGUCUUUUGGUUGACCUGGACAAUUAUAAGCUCAAAUUUAGGUAGAUUGUAUGUAACCAACUGAAUAAUAUCUUUAUUUUUAUAUAAAGCCUGUAAAUAACAGUAUCAUAAAUUUCUUGGCCAUAUUUUAUCAAAAGGGCAGUUCCAUAGUAACGGAAGGCAAGUUUGACACAUGUUGACAUACUUCAAAAGUGGUGUUGUGUGAAUACAUUACCAUAAAAUUAAUUUUUACACUAUGCAUCUUUUGCAUCCACACUGUACGUCUUUUGCAUCCACACUGUACGUCUUUUGUGCAUGUCAAAAUCUAUCAAACUAUUAUUCCACUACUGUGGAAUUGCAAAGUAUCAAUAAUGUACUGUGUAUAGCUGCUCACUGUUAAAGGUAUUUGGGUCAUAGCUCGCUAAAUAUUCAAAAUUUCAGCUGUUUUUUGGUUGAUACUGAAAAUAUCAUUCAUUGAUUCAUCAUUAUUAAAAUGUUGCUUUUUAAUUUCUUCCAAAAAAGAUAACAUAAUAUUAAGAGUAGAAAAUGUUGCUGGGUCUUGGUGUUUAACUGGGUCAGCUGGGAACCACUGCAUGCAGUCUUAAUCCCAAAGUUAUGCAUGAUUUGCAUAGGAUUGUUGGGCUUGUUUCUUGUUUUCAAGAAGUAGCUUUUCUGCGUGUAGAAAACAGAUUCACUUGAAUCAACAAAUCUGUCUCCAACAUUUGAAAAACAUGUUUUGUCUUCACUGCAUGGUAGUGCUUGAAGAUUACCUCUACAAAAAUGCAAACGGCCACUUUGUCAACCUUUGGGCAAAUCUUAACUAAUAAGGUUCAAAUACAUGUAUUGUGUAUUGCUGUACUGCUUCUCUAUUCUUUUUCCCUUGUACAUAAAUAUGGCAAGUUAUAUUUUCUGCUUAAAGCUUUGUGUAAUUGGUCAGAGGUCUGCAAUGGAACUGUUUUCUGGAUCUUCAUAGUCGACAGUGUGACAGAACUCUGUAUUUUUGGUGUUAUUUCCUGCGUUUGUAACAGUCAAUUUUUUUGUAAGUUUUUCUUCAGUUGUCUUUUAAUUUGAUUUGUCUUUGCAUACAUUUUACGAUUCACUGUGUUAUGUGUGUGAAGGAGGGAUUUUCACGUGUAGAUUCUAAAUUCAUUCAAAUUUUUCACAAAAUUUUAGUUACUCCAUAUUUUGUAAAAUAUAUUUGGUAUUUUACACUGAAGAGUCCAGGUUCAUUUUGUCUUGUGGUCACAGUAUCACAUAAACCACGAUGAUUGUCAAGAAAUACAACUAUAUACUCUGGAGUUUAUUCUGAUUUAUGUUUUAUCAGCAGACAUACUUUGAGUAUUUAUAGAGGGAUCAGACUUGGUUGCAUUUGGUGAAUGCGGUUUUCUGCCCGUAAAACAAACUUUUUUCCAGUGCUUGAUUUUCUUUUCUUCUGUUUGAGGUCAUGAAGAAGUGAUGAAAAUAAAGUU